AAAUUAUUACGCUAGUAAAAGACAAAAAUACUUGAUAAACUUCGAAGAAGAGAAACUAAAUAAAGAUGCAACCUACAAAAGCGCAAUGCACAUAUAACGUAAGCGAAAAUACUUACGAUUUAUUUACUCCCUCAAUAAUAGCGUGUUUAUUAAUCGCAGGUUUCUUUGUAAAAUAUUUGGCGAGACAAGAGAAAUUUUCGGAUGCGGCUGUUUUGAUGUUAAUGGGAGUACUUAUUAGAUUCUCGUUAGAACUGAACGUUAAAUUUGCAACAAUAAAGAACGUAAUCAGCAAGCAAGUGCUACACAGUUCUAAUGAAAUAAUCCAGAUAACUUUUCCUUUAAUGCUGUUUAUUACCGGAUACACCUUGGAUAAUCAAAUAUUUACGGAUGUUAUUUAUCAAUGUUUAAUAUUAUCCAUAUUGGGAUAUCCUAUUUCAAUCAUCCUCACUUCUAUAUGCAUGUUAUAUAUAUUUCCCAGUUACGAGUGGGAAUGGCAACUUACACUUAUAUUUGGGGUACUAGCGCAGAUAUCCGAUCUGUUUGGUUCCAUCGACAUGUUUAAAGCGAAUAACAGAGACACAAAACAUGUAUCGACUUUGAUUCAAGGCGAAUCUUUAAUAAUUAACGCAUUAGCAAUGAUGAUAAUGGAAGUAUUUCUGCCUUUACUAAAACUUCAUUGUAGCUUGCUAAGGUCGAUACUGACUUUCUGCUCGAAAGCCAUAUUUUCUUCGUUGAUAGGAUUUCUGGCGGGUACUGCUGUGAAAUUAUCUUCACAUUAUCCGUAUCAGAACAAAAUCGCAGUAAUUACUUUUCUGUUUGCCUCCUGUUACUUUAUUUUCUCCUUAUCGACCUUACUGCACGCAUCUGGUGGAUUAGCAGUAGUGGUGAUGGUCAUCAUGGUAAACAAUGAAAAAUACAGUUUUCCUCCUGAAGUGGAAAGAGUAGUACAGAAGUUUUGGGAAAUGGGCAAGCUUAUAUUUGAGAUAUUACUCUCUAUAUUAAUAGGUGUAAUAACUGCUGAAUCCCUGUUGCAUAUUUACGACCUUGGUUCACCUUCUGUAGAGGAUUAUUUGCGAUUUUUUAUUACUUUCGUGGCUACUCUUGUCAUAAAGAUAUUCACUGUUGUUAUACUUUUUCCUAUUCUGUGCAGAAGUGGAUACGGUUUUGAUUGGAAGAAAGGUUUAAUAAUUUCCAUUGGAUCUAUGAAAGGAUGCGUAACGCUUUUAUUAGGUAAAAUAUCUCGAACUUUCUUCAUCAAUGAUCAGUCAGCCAAUGUUUUAUUUUUACAUCUCCGAGUUCUGACGACGUUUACAAUAUUAAUAAACACAGCAUGUCUAAGAUAUUUGAUUAGAGUUACUGGUAUUAAUUCAGUAUCUUCUGCUAGAAAGACUGUUAUGGCUAACGCAAUACGUUACUUGAACAAGACGAUGGAAAAUUCUUUUCACGCUCAACAACUUGAUCCAUUUUUAUCGAAUGCAAACUGGAAAUGGGUAAAGAUUCAUACACACAUCGAAGAUCCUUAUAAAGAAUAUGAAUUGGAACCAGGAGACAUUCCAUUUUAUCAAUCGAGAUAUAUAAAAUGCACGAAUUGUUUUGCAGAACAUGUGUUACCAGCCACCGACUACCAACUUGCACAAAUGAGAAAAGAAUCCAGUAUAAGAGCCUUAAAAGCUGCUCAGACUAUAUACUGGUAUCAAUUUCAUAAUGGAAUUAUAAGUAAAGAUGCAGCUAAGCGAUUGAGUAUCACUAUUGAAUGGGCCAUUCAGACAAAGCAAGAUUAUUUAGAUGUUUCUGAAGUUAAAAAACACAUGGUCAUUAAUAAAUAUACAAGAAAGACCUACGAUAUUGUAAUAAAAAUGUUGGAUAUAGUUAAUGCUUUCGUUAAUAAGGAACGACGAGAGUUGGAGAAAAAGAACAAAGAAGAGUUUAAUCAAUCGAGAAUAAUAUAUUCCCAUCAUUUUAUAGAAAAUUUAAUAUAUUCUCCACAAUUAGAAUUUAUGAUCCAUAUCCUACUUUUCGUUUCGUUGCUUAUUAAUAUUCUUGAACUGAUUUCUGUUUUUCACUUGGAUAAGAAUUCGGCACAUCGUGUCUUAGUAUUAUCUUCUCUUUUCUUUUGUUUUUUAAGUAUAGAAAGCAUCAUUUUCUUUUUCGAUAUUCUCUUUCGAAUGUUUUUAUUCGGAUUUAAAGACUAUUUCGGAAAUCCCAUCAACGUAGUCUCUUUCGUAGCGGAAUUUGUAGAUUUUCUGAUUAUUUUAUUAUAUUACACUGGACGAAGCAUCGUUUUUAAAUUCAGCACUGCUUACACAUUUUACAAAAUUCUGCUUCACCUUCAUUUAUUAAUUUUCCUUCGACUCGUUUUUCUCAUUAAACCAGCUUUGAUAAUGAUUAAAAACUAUCUGAAUACAAAAAUUAAGAAGAAUCUUUAUCAGUGUUUCGAAAUCGCCUAUUGUUUUAUCGUUGGAGAAGAAGAAAUACGAAAUAAAACGGAUAUGAUUAUAAAUUACGAAGAACUGUCUAUUUGGCUUAAAGAAAAGGUCGAGAAAAAUAGACUUUUCAUGAUCAGAGAGAUGACACAAAUGCAGCGUACAUAUCCAGAAGUUGUAAUUGGAGCUACGAGCAGGCUGGCAGCUCGAAUUAUCUUCAGAAAAACCAUAGAUCAUUUAAUAAAUUUAGAGAAGAAUGGGUUGAUAGAAAAGAACAUAUUUUAUAAAUUAAAACGUAACUAUGAGAAUAAGAUGAAGAACUUUACUCGUUUGCCAACAGGAAUUUCAGUCAAACGUAAGAUUGAAGACAUUCUAAAAAACACCGAAUGGAUAAUGGGCCAGAAACAGUACAAGUAUUUUAUUAGCAUUUCUACUAGAAAAACUUACGAACAAGGUGAUAUAAUUCAUUCCAGGGAGAAUUUUUGCACUGGCAUUCACAUAAUUUUAUCAGGAGUUGUCAAAGUGGAAGGCAUUGCACAAUAUCAACGGACUAAUUUAUUACCAAAUACAGAUUCUAUGAAAUAUUUCGAUAGCGGUGGCUAUUUUGAAGAUUAUUUAUUCACUGGACAGACAUUAGGUUUGAUAGGAAUUUUAAAUCAAAAAGAAUUUGUCACGGAUAGUGUUUGCGAGACUGAGGUAACGACAAUAUUUAUCAACGAAGCUCAAAUGAAAGAGGCAAUGAACCAGUUUCAUAACUUAGAGUAUCAUCUUUGGAGAGUGGUAGCAAUAGGAAUAGCAAUGUAUAUUUUGAAAUAUCAUCGCCGUUAUCAAUCGUUUUCAGAUGGAAUGCUGAAGGAUAUUCUUCGUAAAGCUUUAUUACCAAAUCUCUUUAAUCGUCGUUCUUUCAGAAUUACAAAAGAAAUUCGUGAUAUCGUGUUAAUUCAAGGAAAAAUAAUUGAUGAAGAUACUAAAAAUGAAUAUCUUGGACCAAUCUACAUUGCAGAACACGCUACUAAUUUGCUAUUUCCAUCAAAUAUUAGUUAUAAAGUUCGUCCUAUCGUGUUGAUCUUGGCUUCAGAAGACUAUAAGCUUCCUGACAUGUAUCAGUGGUCGAUUAGACAUAAUAGUUUCUAUGAUAUUUUAUGCCCAAUACAUAAAUCCAGAUAUAAAAAAUCUGGCAAGAAAUUUUCGAGUAAAUCGAAUCAAAAGAAACUAUUAAAUGACUAAAUUAUAAUUACUUAUAUAAACUAUAAAAAUUAAAAAGUAAUUAAAUAUUAUUGAU